AUGUCCCCCCACUUCGACGAAAUCAAAGCCCACCUCCGCGCCAACCCAGCCCUGAAAUGGGGCUUCGUGGUCUACCGCUGCACCUACGGCGACGACCCCUCCUGGACCCGCUUCCUGCGCCGCCUGGACACGCAGACGCGGGCGAACCUGCGCGCCCACGAUGCCGAGGACCUCUAUCCGCGUGUCGACUGGGCGGUGCAGCAGGAUCCCGCGUGGGACGGGGCGAGCGCGGCGGUGAUCAAGAAAGAGUUUGCCGCGUGGACGCAGCAGCAUUUCCCCCGCAGCGACGGCGGGCCGAGGAUGUUUGCGUGUCUUCUGGUUGAUAGGGCGUGUUUGGAUGCGCUGGACGCGGAGGGCGUGCCGGGCGAGGAGGAGUUUGAUGCGGACGGGCGCUGUUGGGUGUGGAUGGUGAGUCGGUACAAGGGGGAGCGGACGACGAGGGUCGGGGUUAGUUAUGUGAUGCCACGGGUGUGGGUGCUGCUUGAUGUGCGGGGGUGGAGUGCGAUCUGGGACGAGGGGCGCGUGGUGACGCCGUAG